AUGUCCACAGACGAGAAGCCCAAGAUCCUUCUUUUGGGUGGAAUCGAUCACACCAAAGCCAAAGAUGCAUGGUCCGCCCUCUCCUCACUCGGCACCCUUCUAACCCCUAAAGCGACCAACCCCACCGAUUUUCUCCAAGAGUGCCGCUCCGGCUCUCUCGAUGGCGUGAAAGCGGUCUAUCGCACCUUCCAGAGCGUCAGCAUUACCGGCAGGAUAGAAGGCGCUGGAUACGAUCAAAUUUCCGUCUCCGCUUGCACGUCCCACGGAAUCUUUGUCUCCAAUACCCCUCAAGUAGUCGAUGCCGCUACCGCCGACACAGCCAUCUUCCUAAUGCUAGGCGCUUUGCGCGGCUUCAAUCUGCCGCUCCUGACUCUUCGUAAAGGAGAGUGGAGGGGGAAGACCUCACCGCCGCUUGGGCAUGAUCCAGAAGGGAAAAAAUUGGGCAUUUUGGGAAUGGGUGGCAUUGGCAGGGAUAUAGGGAGGAAGGCUGAGGGAUUUGGUAUGAGUGUUGUGUACCACAAUAGGAAGAGGCUGCCACCCGAAGAAGAGGGCGGGGCGAAGUACGUGAGCUUUGAGGAGCUGCUCAAGGGAAGUGAUGUGUUGAGUCUGAAUCUUCCUCUGAACGUAAGUUCUUCUCUGUGCUAUCUUUUCUUCCUCGAAGAUUACCCUAGAUCUCUAGUCGUGUACGUGAAGGCUGAGAGACUCCAGAAAAACACUCGCCAUAUUAUUUCCACUCCACAAUUUGCUCAGAUGAAAGACGGCGUAGUCAUCAUCAACACUGCUCGUGGACCCGUGAUGGAUGAGGCGGCACUUGUCGAUGCAUUGAAAUCUGGUAAGGUCUUCAGUGUGGGCUUAGAUGUUUUCGAGGAAGAGCCCAAAGUCCAUCCAGGACUAUUGGAAAACGAGCAUGUUCUGUUGCUUCCACACAUGGGAACGGCAACGUAUGAGACGCAAGAGAAGAUGGAGUUGCAUGUCAUUGAUAAUGUGAGGAGUGCAUUGGAAAUGGGGAAGUUGGUAACGCCCGUCCCAGAACAGCAGGCAUAG